AUGGGUCGAGUUUCUAAGAAAUCGUUUAAAAGGUCCAGUAGACCCAGGGCCAAGUCUAUGAUUACGGAUUGUGAAAUCCAACCACUAUUAAAUUCAGAAUUGAGCAGAACAAGCACAGCAGACAAUGGAUGCAUAUUUAAAUAUGACUCGGAAAACAGUGAUUUAGAGAAUAAUAAAUCACCCACUACUCAGUCAAAGGCCAAUGAAUUACUAUAUCCGUAUUACUUGAGAUCUUUUAGUUUGGACUAUGAUAUACUAAACAGGCCAAAAUUUUAUAGAAAAUUACAGCCUUACAUUCCAUUAGGCGAUACUAUUACCAAUGAGCCAUACACCCAAAAUAGUAUAAUUACCAUUUUCGCAAUAUGGAACACAAUAAUGGGAACAUCCCUAUUGGCAAUGCCUUGGAGCGUGGAACGUGCAGGACUAGUGAUGGGGUUAUUACUAAUGUUCGUCAUAGCUGCACUGUGCUUAUACACGUCAAAUCGCAUUCUUAGGGUACAAGUACUUCACGGAAAUGAUACCGGAGAAGUAGCACAAUUGAGCAAAAAAUUGCUGGGCCCUUGGGCCGAAGUCAUAGCGAAACUAUUCUCGUUCAUCAUUUUACUAGGUGCCAACAUUGUGUACUGGAUAUUGAUGUCGAAUUUUUUAUAUUAUUCUGUCGGAUAUAUUCACGAUUUGCUCUUUGCAGACGAAAACACCGGGGCGUUUGAGUUCAACACUACUAACCUAAUAUGCCCAAACAGUGCGGUCUUCAUAAAUGCUACGUCCAACACGACCAGGCAGUGGACAUUGUACGAACGAAUUUGGGAUCUCAAUACGACGGUACCGAUAUUUCUCGUCGUGAUCGUUGCCCCGCUGUUGAACUUUAGAUCGGCCACGUUUUUCACGAAGUUUAAUUCUUUGGGAACUCUGGCUGUGCUGUAUCUAUUCAUAUUUGUCCUGAUAAAAUCUUAUAGUUGGGGAAUAAAUAUGUCUGCUCCGACGCUAGGAGGAUUCACAGAUUAUUCUGAAUUCUAUAAAAACACAUUUCCUGCAACAUCUGGAAUGCUUACAUUAUCGAUGUUCAUACAUAAUAUUAUCAUUACAAUAAUGAGAAACAAUGAAAAUCAAAAACAUAACGGUCGUGAUCUAUCAAUAGCAUUCACUCUUGUUCUCCUAACGUAUUUAUUGAUUGGAAUUACUUUCUAUGUGUGUUUUCCAUUAGCUAAAUCUUGCAUCGAGGAUAACUUUUUAAACAACUUUCCUAGAACAGAUGUCUUUAGCAUUAUUGCUAGAGUUUUUCUAUUCUUUCAAUUAUUGACUGUCUACCCUUUGAUAUCAUAUAUGCUACGAGUACAAGUGUUCGCAGCUCUUGAGCUAUCAAUAUACCCAAGUGUUUUACACGUUAUUGCACUUAAUUGUUUUGUCAUUUUCAUAUGCAUAUUAUUUGCAAUCUUCAUGCCACAUAUAGGAACAGUAAUACGAUUUAGUGGAGCAAUUUGUGGAUUUGUCUACAUAUAUACAUUACCAACCAUGUUACAUUUGGCAUCUCAGAGAAGACGCAAUCUUUUAACAUUUGGAUCAGUCAUUUUUCACGUUUCAAUAUCAUUAGUUGGACUAGCUAAUCUAAUUGCUCAAUUUUUUGUUUGA